AUGGCGUCAACCACAACUACAACUAAUGCUCCUAGGUCGACUUCAUCGUCACAACUGGUGCUUCCUUUCAUGACGAAUUCCUCCACCACAUCUCCUGUAAUAGCCGGUCAUCGUGGAUUCAAGAGCUCAUACACGGAAAACACUUUACUUGGAUUUGGUAAAUGCUUUGAAGCUGGUGCUACUGUUAUCGAAACUGACUUGUGGUUAAGUUCGGAUAACGUUAUUAUUAUAUCUCAUGAUAUAUCCACCAAACGUGUGUUUGUUGAUCAAGAUGGCAAUGAAACUGAUUACAAGGUUACUAAAACUCCUUAUGAUCCUAUAUUGAAGAGCUUAAAGACUAAAGAAGGUGGAUUUCCUUUGCUUUCCUUUGUUGAUGUGUUGCAAUGGUUUAAACAGUAUGUUGACUCCACUGGGUCUAAUGAACACAAGUUACAAUUGGAUAUCAAGAAAUUCAAUCCAGCCAAAAUUACCAAGUACAUCGUCAGCGAUUUGCUAAAAGUUCACAAUGAUUUAUCUUGGUGGUAUCAUAGAAUUCAAUGUGGUGUUUGGGAUUUAUCAUUUUUAAAAUAUUUCAACCAGGAACCAUUUUUUCAAGACAAGUUUAAGGAAGUUAAUGAGUUUGGUUAUAAUCAGUUUGAUAUUUUCCACAUUAGUUUAAACUGGAGAGAUUCAAUAAAUUAUAUAAACUACAAUUACUAUUUGGAUGAAACGACACCCAAGGACAAGAUCAAGAUAAAAUUGACUGGGGUUUCAUUGCUUUAUAUUGCUACAUGGUCAACUGAGUUUCUCACUAAAUUUGUGCCACUUUUACAACUUCAAAAUUUAAAGCUUUACUCGUGGACAAUAAACACCAAAUUCCAAUUUGAAUAUCUCGUUAAAGUUGGCAAAUUGGCCAAAUUGGUUGAGUAUGGAGUCGUUUCUGAUCAUCCUGACUUGAUGGUGAAGUACAAACGACAUGAAGAUGCUGAAAGCGAUACUGAUGUUGAAAAUGAACAAGUUUGUGACGUGAAACCACUCGUGUCUUAUGAAAGUAAAAAUUUCUACUAUAAUGAAGAUGGUGAUUUGAAUAUCGAACUAACGUGGAAUCAAAUGAUACUUCAUUGGUUGUAUAAGCAAUUUAUGUCAUUAAAUGGAUCCCAAAGGAAAAUCACUACUGAUGCUCAACGAUUUGCUGCCAAAGUCGAUCCAAAUGAAGUUAAUGAAGUUAAACCCAAUGCCAUGGCGGUAUACAUUUUCCAAAAAUGCCAAAAGUACGGUAUAUUUUAG